GGCCGGCAACUCAGUUCAUCGCCGCGACGCGCGACGGGCACACGUGCGUUUCACAUGACAAAGCGCGGCGUUUGAAACGAUCGAACGCACCCACCAAUUUUUUUAUUACUAGUGACAGAGAGGAGACCUCUCUUUAGCCGACAAAAUUGCUUCCCAAGUGGAAAUGCCGACGAGCCUGUUCGGUGAUCUCGGAGGCGGCGGUGGCGGACUGGUGGAAGACCAGCGCGCGUUCCAACUCGCGCUGGAGCUGAGCAUGCUGAGCCUCGGGGAGAGCCUGCCGGCGACCAACCCGCUGGCGAGCCCGCUGGGAUUCGCGCCGCCACCGGACGACCGCGCCAAGAAAUCGCAGAACAUGACCGAGUGUGUGCCGGUGCCCUCCUCGGAGCACGUCGCAGAGAUCGUCGGACGACAAGGUUGCAAGAUCAAGGCUCUGCGCGCGAAGACCAACACGUACAUUAAGACGCCGGUGCGUGGCGAAGAGCCAGUAUUCGUGGUCACCGGCCGCAAGGAGGAUGUUGCGCGGGCCAAGCGCGAGAUCCUCUCGGCGGCCGAGCAUUUCUCUCAGAUCCGCGCUUCGCGCAAAUGUGGUGCCGCACCUCCGCCUCCCGCCGGUGCGCCCGGACACGUCACGGCGCAGGUGCGCGUGCCGUACCGCGUGGUUGGCCUUGUGGUCGGCCCCAAGGGUGCCACCAUUAAACGCAUCCAGCACACCACGCAUACAUACAUCGUGACGCCGUCUCGGGAGCGUGAGCCUGUAUUCGAAGUGACAGGCUUGCCGGAGAGCGUGGAGGCGGCGCGUAAAGAGAUCGAAGCGCACAUCGCUCUGCGUACUGGCGCGGCGGCUGGCAACGGAGGCGGCACGCCAGCCGGGGCUGAGGGCGAGCCACUGGCGCAGCUUUACCGCGCCGGGCUUGCCUCGUUGCUGCGACCCGAACAAGAGGCCGCCUUUUCAUCGGCCGGCUCGUGCUCUUCGGGAGGUUCGUCGGCGCGGCUCGGCGAUCUGCUCGGCAUUUGGUCAUCGACGGAGCGCGACGAGGGUCUCGGCGAGUCGCCGUCGUUCGAGUCUCCAAGCGGUGGCACAGCGGGCGUGUGGGCCUGGGGUCCGACGCGACCAUCGCCAGCAGCAUCGCCGGCGCGCGCAUGCGCCGUGUGCGGCGAGCGCGGCGUGGCGGCGGCGCUGGUGCCGUGUGGACACAACCUGUUCUGUCUGGAGUGCGCGCAGCGGCUGGCAGCGGGCGGCGCGCCGUGCCCUGCGUGCUCGGCGCCGGCGCACCAGGCGAUCCGCAUCAUCUCGUAAGGCGCGCGCGCGCACCGCCACGUCUGCCGCGGGCGCGGGCGGAGCGCGGCGCGCGGCGCGGAGGGUUUGCGGGGCGGGAGGGACGCGCCGCGCCCGCCCGCCGACCGCCGCUCGCCGCCCGCCGCCUGCCGCCCCGGCUCCUCGCCGAGUCGCACGUUCUCGUAGUAGGGAUCUUUUUUACUCGAAUCGUUAUAAAAAUAUUAAAAGAAGUAAAAAAUCGCGUAAUCGAAAUCCUGGUGCCAAAAGUCGGCGCCUCGCCGGCACGGCCCGUCCGCCGCGCCGUACCUAUCGUAAGUCGGCAGAGUUGUUCACGAUAUAUUUUCUUAAUAUGAACGUUUUUUAUUAGGUCGUCGAGCGGUACCGUGCUCGCCGCCGCAGAGAGAGUCGAUGUACGUUAACGAUAGAAUUUCGAAAAAAAUCAUAAAAUUUAAAAAAAGUUGUAUAAUUAUUAUUGAUAGCAUAAAUGAGAAGUGGAAAUUUAUGAAGCUUACAUAACGUAAUAGCGUAAAGUAUUAAGAUAUUAUAAUGAUAUGAUAGGCGAUGGACGGGCGGCGCGGGGAGCGGGGCGCGCGGCCUGUUGUCUGUUGUCGGGGGGCGCGGGCAGUACUUGUAGAGUAGCGGCCGCUAGCUAAUGUGUUGUUGUGUAGUGUAAUGUGCGGGAGUAGCUGUAGGUAGUACAAUGAGAGGCUGAGUGCAGAGCUGAGAGCGGAGUGCCGAGUGCAGUGCCGGUGUAGGUCGCGCUAGAGCCGGCCGCCGCCCCGGAGGCCGCCCGCCCCCUCCGCUCCCCCGCGCGCCAUGCUCACAUUAUUUUUGACUAUACGACUAUUCGCUUAAAUGAUAUUAUACAAUACGUACACACUACGAUUAUGAUAAUAUUAAUAUAAUGUUUGUUUUAAGUGUGUUUUAAUGUUUAGAUUUUUAUUGUAAUGUUUUUAUGAAUGAUUUUUAUCUGUAUGAUUAUUAUUAUUGAUUAUUAUUUUAUGUGUUGACGAUGUUUUUUUGUGAUUACGUGCGCCCGCGCAGUGUGCGCCGGGCCGAGGCUGCUCUGUGUAUGUACGAUUAGUGUUAUGCGACGCCGCCGUCGCCGCGCGUCGUCGGCGCGUCGCCGUCACGUCGCCGCCGCGUCGCCGGCGCGUCACCGGCGCGCAGCCGGCACGACGAGAAGACGAUAAAGUAAUAAAUGAUUAAAUGAUAAAUGAAAAUAAUACGAAGCAUUCAUUAUUAUAAUAUACUAUAGUAGUCUGUAGGACGACAUUGACUAACCAUUACCUAUUGAUAUACUUAUUAAGUAUUAUUAUUAUUAUUAUAUUGAAUAAUAAAUUUAAAAAAUGCAUAAUUAUAUUUCAUAGGAAUCAUUAUUCAGUAUAACUCUAGUUAAAUAUAACGAUUAUAUUAUAAUAUAAUAUAAAUGAUUAUUGUGUAUAUGUGCGUGGUGAGAUGUCACGGUGUGUGUUGAGGAGUGAGGAGUGGAGAGUGGCGUGAUGCAGAGAGGGAGAGGUGUCGAGGACGACGCGGUUGUUGUGUUAUGAUUACCGGCGGGCUGGUUUCACGAUUGAUAUUUUUUUAUUUUUUUACCGUUAUUAGUUUUGACUCGUACUCAUGUUAAGGUGAAGCGUGAAUGUAACUGCCUAUUAGAUUAUAUUUUAAAAAAUAAUGGUUGCGUAAAAUCAGCCCCCGUGUCGUGUGUAGAUCCAGUGAUUUCGAUCAUUUUAUUUUCAUAACAAAAAUGGGUAGCCGCUUUAGGUUCAAAUAAAGUUGUGAACAUUUGUGAAAUUUUGUAGACUACAUAUCUUAUUAUAAAUCUAAUAUAAACUAUAACUUUCGAAA